AUGCCGGAAAAGAUUCGUGUGGUCCACUGCGGCACUGGGCCAACAGGACGGGUCACGUUACGCGCGCUCCUGAACCAUCCUGACCUAGAGCUGGUCGGACUGCUGGUGUUCAGUGCGCAGAAAGAUGGGGUGGACGCCGGGCAAGUGUGCCAGCUGGACCGAGACCUGGGGGUCAAGGCGACGCGGGAUGUCGACGCGCUGAUCGCGGCCAAACCAGACGUGGUGACAUACGUGGGCAAUGGAAAUGAGGCCGAGUCCAGCGUGAAGCUGGCGAUCCGAUUCCUCGAAGCCGGCAUCAACGUGAGCACGCCGUGUCUCUUCUGGAUGGUCGAGCCCAGCACGGUGCGCCAGAAGAACGCCGGUGCGACCACGACGGAUGGAAAGUACGUGGACAUGAUUGAGGCCGCCUGUGUGAAGGGCAAAAGCACGUGCUUCCUGACCGGGAGUGACCCGGGAUUCUUCAGUCCUUUCUUGACCAUCGCCAUGUUGAAGGGGGCGGACGAGGUCAAUGAAAUCCGGAUGCAGGAGCUGGGGAACUAUGCCUUCCACGACGUGCCCUGGCUACCGGAUGUGUUUGGGUUCGGCCGGCCGAAGGAGUUCCAAAGCGUCAUGAAGCAAGGCACAUUCGUCAAACACGCGUGGGGAGGCACAAUCAACGCCGUGGCCAAGGCCCUGAAGAUCGAGCUCGAGGACAUCCGGUUCUUCUUCGAGAAUGCCACCCACGACAAGACGCACACCACCUUGUGGGGCACCAUCGAGGCCGGAACCGUGGCCGCGGUCCGCGUCGGUCUGGAGGGCAUCUAUCGAGGAAAGCCGUUUGUGAUCCUCGAGCACAUCACCCGCACGUGCAUGGAGGCGGCGCCGUUCUGGCCGCAAGCACAUGGCGGUGAUCUGGACAAGUCUAAACUUCGCCACGAGUACACAAUCCUCAUCAAGGGCGACCCGGAUUACGAUUGUCGCAUUGCCAUGGGCGAGUCGCGCGCCGGCGAGGAUGCCGGCCUCUACAACACCGGAGCUUUGGUCGUGAACGCCAUCCCGGCCGUGGUCAAGGCUCAGCCAGGCGUGCUCAACGACACCGACAUCCCGAUGGAGGUGACACGCAACAUCAGAGUGUGA